AUGUCCGAUGCCGAUAAGAUCCGUGCAAAGCGCCUUGCAAAGCUAGGCGGUCCUGCGGCUUCAAAUGCUCCCUCACGGCCACCUUCAACCACUCCCGAAGCCGCAUCAUCGAGCACUUCAUCGCCCAAGCCUACCCAAUCACAAGUACCACCACCGCCGAAGCCCCAAACUGAGCUCAUGUCGUCCCCAAAUCCAUUCUCCUAGUUGGGUGUUAAGACCGACGAGCCCCCCAAAAAGUGCAUCACCAUCAAAGCCAUGCAGCCACGAAGCAAUGACCCAACACCCCAGCCUGCUCAGAAGGCGCCGGAAUUGAGCAUAGAAGCGUGGGAGGAUCGGAAACUCAACAACAUCUUCAGAAUAACACUGGAGGAGAACCAUACGUAACAUGCACAUAGGUAUAAGCUGUACUUUGUCUCAGGCGCCAAGGGCAACCUUGCGGAUGAGGGCAGCCCAUCCGCUUGUCAACAGAUAUGACGCUAACAAACACUAACACACAUAUCGGCGACAUACUAAAUUCAACAAAGAUCCUGUGCUCGUUAUAUCGCUAAGCGACUAGUGUUGCUAUCAGAAUUAUUCUUUGAUCGAACUUAGUAAGAG